CCCGAGACGGGACGAAUGCUUGAGGGAGAUGCAGCAUCGGCGGCUAACCUCAUCACUCAGAUGGCUCUGCCACCUCCAGAUCCGCAGUUUGUUCUCAGAGGUACCAGUGCUGCAGUCCACACUCUGCAUUUCUCCUGUGGAGGCCAGGAGCCCGAUAUCCCUAUUCUUUUCUCUGGGUCUGAGAAUGGGCUUAUCCAUGUCUGGAACCUGAAAACACACAGAGUGGACACAGCACUGGAUGGCCAUGGGAGAAAAUCUGUCUACUGUGUGGAGACUGUCGGUGGUAAAAACAGGCUCCUCAGUCAGGGUCGUGACCAGAGGAUCUGCUUAUGGGAUUUGGCAGAAGGACGGACUGCAGUGAUGGAUUCUGUCUUUACGGAGAAUGUGGGAUUCUGCAGAUGCUCUUUGUUAAUGGUGGCACAGGGACGCUGGCUAAUGGCCAUGGCAGCCAAAGCCCUGGAGGAGGUUCAGGUUUUGGAGCUGCCAUCCAAGACGUCAGUCUGUACCUUGAAGCCAGAGGCGGGUGCCAAGCUGGGCAUGCCCAUGUGUCUGAAGUUAUGGCAGCUCAGCGGUGAUUCACAACCUUUGCUUUUGGCUGGCUAUGAAGAUGGAUCAGUGGUCCUUUGGAAUUUGUCAAUGGGAAGAGCAUUGAGCCAACUUGCUUGCCACCAGGAGCCAGUGAUGAGCCUUGACUUUGACUCGGAGAAGGCCAAGGGGAUCUCAGGCUCAUCUGAAAAGGUGCUUAGCAUCUGGAGCCUCAAUGAGCAACAGAACCUCCAGGUUUACAAAACACACAACCUUGUCAACGCUGGUAUAUCUGAUAUCACCAUCCGUCCAGACAAGAAGAUUGUAGCAACAGCAGGGUGGGAUCAUCGCAUCAGGAUCUUUGGCUGGAAAAAACUGAAGCCCUUAGCAGUGCUGGACUAUCACACAGCAACUGUCCAUUGUGUGUCCUUCUCCAACCACAAAAACCCCAGGGAGAGACUACUGGCAGCUGGCUCGAAAGAUCACCGCAUCAGUAUCUGGUCAAUAUAUACUCAGACGUGACGUGUUCUGCAGUUUCAGGGACUAGGAAAACAAGAUUGGUGAAGGAUUCUUUACACUGUAAUUCAAACCUGGAUGUGGAGAACCGGUAAAAUGUGUUUCCAGGCUGAAGUGAGAGUCCUGGGUUAAUUCUUAUGCUGCUUGUUCAAGCUGCAAGUUUAGUUUUCCAGAGAGAAAAUGGAUUUUUAAAAUCUGUAACAUGCAGAGCAAGGCCAAUCACAAAUGAAGACACAGAACAAGUCACUUUGAGUUCUGCUACAGGCUUUAAAAUAGCUUGCCUUUAGCAGGUUACUGAAAUAACUGGUGCCAAUAUCUUUGCAAAAAAGGACUGGAAUCCCUCAGACUGCCAUAGGGGCGUAAUAUAGAGCACAGGAUCACAGAAUGGUUGGGGUUGGAAGGGACCUUCAAACAUCAUCUAGUCCACAACCCCCAUAGGCAGGGAAGUCUGUUUAUAGGGCAUUUAUGUAUCCAAAAAUCUCUAUCAGUGUAAAAUGUCACUCGUUCUUGAAAAUUUAUACCCAUUAAACCACCUCCAGUGGUUUCUCAUUGUCAGUUACUUUUUGUUGCCCAUAACUGAAAGGCUAGCAGAACCUUGAUUUGUUCACGCUUCUGUCAGUUUCUAACUUAAACCAACAGCCAGGAAUGUGACUAGGGACGGCCUUUGGCAUUUAUGAAUUUCAUUAUGUCUCCUGUCACCUCGACCUUCAUAAUUAAUCACAAGAAAGGGGUAAAAAAAAAAAUCCUCCCCUGCACUGCACUGCAAAGCUAUGUAAAGCCUUUCAGAGCCAGUGCUAAAUCCUUUCCAUAGACUGACUAGCUGAAGGGUUUAAACUCAGCAAUCCAAUUAGCGCCCUUCUCCUUGGAGAGUUAGGGGUAGGUCUCAGCAUGGCAAGGCUGGGAUUCAGCUACACAACUCCCAUUAACAUUUAGGGGAAUUGCAUGGAUAAAUCUUUAUCCACACAGGGCAAAUGGCUCCAUUAACUUGCCAGCUCUAUAAUCAUUGAAGUUGAAAUUCAUCCAAUGAAGGGAUUUGUUUGAAUCACGAAGCAACAUUUGUAUUCUUUUAAACCGUACACCAAACUCUUAGCAAUAGACAUACAUAAGUGAUCAUGGAUAUCUCACUGUUGUAUUUGCUGACAAAGCUGCAGUUACAACUGCAAUUACCAAGGGCUGGUUUGUUGAAAAGGAGAUGGCCUGGAAACUAGAACUCGGCUUUACAGCCUGGAAUGUUCUGUGUCCAGGCUGUGCACUGUUGAUACUUUACCAGAAAUACUUGUUUCUGCCUCUGUACAGAGCUGAACAUGAAAAAAAAAGUCAACAGAAUUGUAGUGAACAGCAACAUCAAAUGACUUUAGAAAUUAUUUCAGGGAAAACAUAGAAGCAAAUUAAGGUCGGGGUCUGCUACCCAGCUGUACUGUACAGGCAGAGAAUACUGUUGGACUAAAAGUCUUAAGCAUCCAGCCCAUUGUUCUUUCCAUUAGACACAGAAACAGGAUACUAUUCCCAGGCUUUCAGAAAUAAAACUUGGCCUUACACAUUUUGGAGUGUGAUGGCACUUUAAA